CACAUUGUCAUUCUCAAACCUACCUUGUAUCUAUACUCAUCACUAAGUCCCUAUCUUCUAUAAAAUUCAACUAUCCCUCCUCCUCAAAACCCACACUCAUACAUCUCUGGGUUUUACUUUGAAGGAUCGUUAUACGUACCACCCCACAAACAACCAGACCACUCCACUGUUCUAGGAGGCAAAGCCCAUAAACAAGUUCUGUGGAUUCUGGGAGGAUUGUGUGUUAGUUUGUUUUUGUGUGUGUGGUUUUCUAACAGCAGUUCUCAUCAUCGACACCGUGGCUAUCAGCAGCUACUGUUCUUCCUUCCAUUCUUGAGGCAAAAACUUGUUCACAGCAAUGUUGAUGAACUAGAAGACUUGUAUGGACAACUUCGAAAGGGAGCUGAUGGAGCUCGGGGUGACGACGCCAGUAGUUUAAAGUAUUUGGUCAUCUCAUGGUUGAACAAGAUGCAUCACCCCAUUGAGCCACCUUUGAAUACAAACACAAAGGACAACCGUGGCUUUGAACAUACAGUCACGGGAUACCUUUUGUGUCCAAUUGACUAUGACUGGUCUGAUGUGUCAGUCCGCAAGAAUAUACGAGAGCGUCACCCUGAUUUCUUAGUGACGGCUGAUGCAUGGCCUGCAUUUCUAUACCCAACACCUGGUCAACAUUUGCUGGAGGACCCUAGCAGGGGAUUGCUCCGGUUGCAGCUAUUACUAAAGGCUUUCAAAAUGAUAUUCACAUCUCCAUCAUCGGCUCGGGGUGAUGAAAACUGUGCUCCUGCCAUAUACCUGGAUCGCUCACAUAGUAGGGGAGAGAAGUCUACUCGUUCUCAUGUGGCAUCAUUGAUGGGCAUGAGGACUGUUACUCCUCGGGCAAUUGCAUACGCUGCAGUACAGCUCCGGUUUGCUUUGUCAAAUGUCAGUUCCUGGCGUCAAUUUGAUGAAGACUUUGACCUUGAGGAGUUCUAUAAAAAUAUACUGGACUGGUUUGAAGGCCCUGCAACCGAGAACCAUCAAAAAGACAUCAGUGAACUGUUGCUGUGGUGGGAUGGAAAAAUAUUCGGUAGGAAUAGACAUAUUGUGAUACCGAGGGAAAUCCGGAAAAACAUGUCAGUCGCUCGUUCUCUGGCACAUCGCACAGGCAUGAGGGUUUAGUAGUAUUACUAUUAUCAAAAUUUUUGUUACAUAUCAAUU